AUGAUGUUUGCGGAGGGUCCCGCCGACGCGCCGAGUCGUCACGCGCUGCGAGGUGUGCCGGCGGCGGCUUCCGCCGACGUCCUGCCGCCGCGGAGGGCGCUGAUUUUCUCCGCGGGCGUCGACGGCGUCACGGAGACGCUUUCCGCGCGCGUGCUUGAAGAGGCGAGCGCGGAAGGCGACGGCGGGAUGGCGGAAGGCGGAGAGGCGGAGACUCUUGACGAGGGGAGAGUGCUUGCAUCGGAAGAGUUGGGGGAGGCAGAAGAGGGCGCGUGGGAGGGCACAAGAGCUGUUGCGGAAGAGGCGGAAGAAGGUGUGGCGGAAGCGGAGGAGGGGGGAGCGGAGGUCAGAGAGGGGAUUGAAGAGGGCCGGCUUUUGGCGGAGGAAGAAGGGGAGAUGGGGGGUGAGGAGGCGGUAGAUGGGGAGAUGGGAAAUGAGGAGGAGGGGAUUGAGGAGGGAAGGGUGUUGGAGGAAGAAGUGGAGGGAGAGAAUGAGGAUGAGGAUGAGGGGGAGAUGCAGGAGGUAGAGGGGAUUGAGGAAGGAAGGGUGCUGCAGGAGCAAGGAGAGUCCGAAGAGGCUGGUAAUCUGGAGGGGGAGAUGGAGGAGGGGGAGGGGAUUGAGGAAGGAAGGGUGCUGCAGGAGCAAGGGGAAACCGAGGAGGUUAGUGCUUCGGAAGGAGAGGAGGCAAUGCAGGAGGUGGAAGAAGAGGAAAUGCAGGAGGGAGAGAGAAUUGAGGAAGGAAGGGAGCUGCAGGAGCAAGGGGAAACCGAGGAGGUUAGUGCUUCGGAGGGAGAGGAGGCGAUUCAGGAGGGGGAAGAAGAGGAAAUGCAGGAGGGAGAGGGAAUUGAGGAAGGAAGGGAGCUUCAAGAGCAAGGGGAGUCCGAAGAGGCUGGUGCUUCGGAGGGAGAGGAGGCGAUUCAGGAGGGGGAAGAGGCUGAGGAGGGCAGGAUGCUGCAGGAGCAAGGAGGGUCCGAGGAGGUUGGUGCUUUGGAGGGAGAGGAGGAAGAAGAGGAAAUGCACCAGGGAGAGGGAAUUGAGGAGGGCAGGGUGCUUCAGGGAGUGGAAGGAGAGUCUGAGGAGGAGGAGGGUGAAUGGAACGAGGAUGCUGAGGAGGAGGAAGAGGAGGAGAUGCAGGGUGGAGAGGAGGUUGAGGAGGGCAGGGUGCUGCAGGAGCAAAACGACGGUGAGGAGGAGGGUGAGUGGGACGAGGAUGCUGAGGAGGAGGAAGAGGAGGAGAUGCAGGAGGGAGAGGGGAUUGAGGAGGGGCGGGCGCUGAUGGGAGACGACGGAGAGGCAGAGGAAGUUGGUGCUUUGGAGGCAGGGAAGGAGAUUCAGGAGGAGCAAGAGGAUUUCAGUGAUGAGGAGGAGGAGGAGGAGGAGAUGCAGGAGGGGCGGGCUUUGGCCGAGAUUGACAAUUCUGAGAAUUUGAGUGGGGAGGGGGAGGAAGAAGAGGCAGAGGUGCAGGAUGAGGGACGGGAUUUGGCCGAGCUUGAUGAUUCUGAGGGCGAGGGAGAGGAGGAAGUGGAAGUGGAGGAGGAGGCAGUUAUGCAGGAUGAGGAGGAGGAGGAGGAGGGGGAGAUGCAGGAGGGGCGGGCUUUGGCCGAGCUUGAUGAUUCUGAAGGUGUGAAUGGGGAGGAGGAGGAGGAAGAGGAGGAGAUGCAGGAGGGCAGGGCUUUGGCAGAGAUUGAUGAUUCUGAAGGUGUGAAUGGGGAGGAGGAGGAGGAAGAGGAGGAGAUGCAGGAGGGCAGGGCUUUGGCAGAGAUUGAUGAUUCGAAGGGCGAGGGUGAGGGUGAGGAGGAGGUGGAAGAGGAAGUAGAGGAGGAAGAGGCAGAGAUGCAGGAUGAGGAGGAGGAGGAGAUGGAAGAAGGGCGGGCUUUGAGCGAGCUUGACGAUUCUGAGGAUGUGAGUGAGGAUGGGGAGGUGGAAGAGGAGGAGGAGGCAGAGAUGCAGGAGGGGAUGGAGGAGGAUGGUAGGGUGCUGCUGGCAGGAGAGGAGGGCGAGGAGGGCGAGAGUGAGGGGGGAGAGGAGGAGGAGGCGGAACUACAGGGGGAGAUGGAGGAGGAUGGGAGGGUGCUGCUGGCAGGAGAGGAGGGCGUGGAGGAUGAGGAGGGAGAGAGUGUUGGGAGGAGGGAGCAACAGGGCAUCCGAGUUCCAAGCUUUUUUGCAGGUCUUUUUCAUUCGAACGAGGUUCAGGCUUCGGGAAGUCUUUGGAAGAUGGCCGAAGGCUGCUGCAGUGGACAAGCGGACAGGCAUGGAUUGUGA